CACAUACACACACACAUGGCAAAUCCCACCCUGGUGAUCCAUACCGGGUUUUUCCCGGCACCUGAAUCCAACGUAACCCACUAACGCGGUGUAUGUGUGUGUGAAAGAGAAAUCCAGCCUUGUUUACAGCGCCGGAGCUGCGAUAACGGGAGCUACACUUUAUUAUGCGCUCUUAUCAGAGAUCAUAACGAUGAUGGAGAUAAUAAUAACAUCAGCGACAAACAGACCGCAUUGUUCCAGUCACCUGUCGUGCGUUUGAUCGCUUCAGUUCUGCUUGGAAAUAAUACACGUCUGGCUAAUUACUAGCGUUUGUUGCUAACGGAUCGAGGCUACCAAGGCUACCGAUUCAAAAUCACAGGCUCCAACGGACGGCGUGAAAACGCGAGGAAAACGACGGAGAGGGAGGAAAAGCGGCGCUGCGGCGAUUCUCCUUUCUCUGUUUUUACGCUUAUUUCGGAUUAUACGGUUUUUUUUGCAUCUCUUCAGUCAGUUCCAGUCUCCAUCCGAAGUUAGGAAAGUUGCCGUCGGAUGAAAAUUAAACCCUCGGAAUGAGGUGUUGGACAUCCAGGACUCAUUUGUCCUUAUUUUGUGCUCUGCUGCUGCUGUCCCUCUCAGUUCACUGCCAGUGGCCUUCAAAUGACGGAAUCUGUACUCCAGGCAUUGACAUCGGAAAUGACAUCAGUGAGUUCAAGAAGUUGGAGAACUGCACAGUGGUCGAGGGCUACCUGAAGAUCCUUCUCAUUGUAAACAAGAACACCAAUCAGGAGGUCUUCCGCACGCUCAGUUUUCCCAAGCUGACCAUGAUCACAGACUACUUGCUCCUCUUCCGUGUCCCCGGUCUGGAAAGCCUGAGCACGCUGUUCCCGAACCUGUCGGUGAUCCGAGGCCGCAAUCUCUUCUACAACUACGCCCUGGUCAUCUACGAAAUGAACAACUUGAAAGACAUCGGCCUCUACAACCUCCGCAACAUCACCCGUGGUGCCAUUAGGAUCGAGAAGAACCCGGAGCUCUGUUACUUGGAUUCCAUCGACUGGUCUCUCAUCAUGAACGCAGACUUAAACUUCAUCACCAGAAACAAGCAGGGCAAGGAGUGCACAGACUUUUGCCCGGGGUUCACAGAGGAGAAUCCACAGUGCAUUAAGACCAACUUCAAUGGCAUCUCAAACUACCGCUGCUGGACAUCCAAGCACUGCCAGAAAGUGUGCCCAGAGCGAUGUGGGCAGCGGGCAUGUAUGGAUUCGGGGGAGUGCUGCCACGCUCAGUGCCUGGGCAGCUGCACAUCUCCAGACAGUGCCACGGCCUGCGCCGCCUGCCAGCACUACUCCCACGAAGGCCGCUGUGAGGAGCAUUGUCCUUCAGGCACGUACAUAUUCGAGGGCUGGCGCUGCAUCACCUUAGACAUGUGCUCCAUGGCUCACCUGCCGUAUCUGGAGCGCUUCGUCAUCCACGGCGGCGAGUGCAUGAUGGAGUGUCCACCCGGCUUCAAUCGUGAAAGUAGUCAGAGUAUGUUCUGCAGUGCUUGUGACGGCUUGUGCGACAAGGUGUGUGAUGGGAAAGAUAUCGACUCUGUGGACGCUGCACAGUCCCUAAAGGACUGCACUGUGAUCAACGGGAGCCUGCGCAUCAACAUCCGGCGUGGCAACAACAUAGCUUCUGAGUUGGAGAACUUCCUAGGUCUCAUCAAGACGGUGACUGGAUGCGUGAAGAUUUCUCAUUCUCCCACUCUGAGCUCGCUGUCCUUCCUUAAGAGUUUGAAUCACAUUAAUGGGAAGGAGCUCUGUGAUAACAUGUACGCCUUCUUGGCAUUUGAUAACCAGCACCUCCAGUUUCUCUGGGACUGGUCACAGCACAACCUGACCAUUCACACAGGGAAACUCUUUUUCGGUCGGAACCCCAACCUGUGCAUGUCCGAGAUUCGCAAGAUGUGGCUGAAAACAGGCUUCAAGGAGAAGUUUGUGGAGGACGAGUUCCGCACCAACGGCGGGCGUGCGAACUGUGAACAUAAAAUUCUGAAGUUCAUAAGCAAUAGCACUGGGAGUAACAACAUAGCUUUGACAUGGGAGCGCUAUCAACCUCAGGGUUACAGGGGCCUCAUCAGUUUUGAAGUGUACUACAAAGAAGCGCCUUUUCAGAACAUCUCAGGGUUUGACGAUCAGGGUUGUGGGUCCAACAGCUGGAUGAUGGUGGAUGUGGACUUGCCUCAGGACCAAAACAGAAACCCUGAUGUCCAUCUUACAGGCCUUAAACCCAUGACACAGUACGCCAUCUUUUUGAAGACUGUAACUUUGGUAGUGGAGGACACAGACACGCAUGUCCUGGGGGCCAAGAGCGAGUUGGUCUAUAUUCUGACUAAGCCUAAAGUACCUACAAUGCCAAUUAAUAUCCGUGCCUACUCCAACUCCUCCACAAGCCUGGUGGUUCAGUGGUCUCCUCCUGUCUCUCCCAACGGGAAUCACAUCUACUAUCUGCUACGCUGGCAACAGCUGGAAGAAGAUCCUGAACUCUAUAAGCACAACUACUGCUCUGAGCUGAAGAUUCCCAUCAGAUUCUCCACAGGGCUGGCAGACAUAACUGGGAACAUAAAGCCUACCAAUUCUGACUUGUCAGGGGAGAACAAAACCAUUUGCUGCAAUUGCUCUAAAGCUAGUAUAAAGAACGGGGAUGACAUCAUCUACAGUAAAGCCUUUGAAGACUUCCUCCACAACAGCAUCUUCACCCCCAGACCCAACCACCGUCAGCGUAGGGACGUGGCAGGAGUGGCAAACUCCAGCUUCCUACACUCCCUGCUUGGUGCCAGUGGGAGCCUAAGCGAGGGCAACUCCUCAGUCUCAGAACCAAAUCUGCAAGAGUUUCAUGAAAGAAAGUUGGAAGAAACAAGCACUGAAAUUCAAGGCCUGCAGCCUUUCACUGUGUACCGCAUCGACCUGCAUGCCUGCAACGAGGAGAUCCAGCAGUGCAGUGCUCCUGCCUUUGCCUUCCCCCGCACUGAACCAGCAGACAAAGCUGAUGACAUUCCUGGCCCAGUGACAUGGCAGGAUUCGGAUGACUCUGUGAUUGUGAAGUGGCCUGAACCAGCACAACCCAAUGGCCUCAUCCUGCUCUACGAGAUCCAGAUCCAUCUGGGAGGCGAGCUGGAGAAGCACGAGUGUGUGUCGCAUCAACACUACAAGGAGCAGCGAGGUGUACGGCUCACCAACCUCGGACCCGGGAAGUACACGGUCCGUGUGAGGGCCACCUCACUGGCAAGAAAUGGCUCAUGGACACAGCCCAUAUCCUUGUACAUGCCACAGGCUGAACGCUAUGAGAAUCUCCUCUACUUAAUGUUCAUCCCCCUUUUGUUCAUCCUGCUGGUCCUUGGAGUGGCCAUGUACGUCAUCAAUAAGAAAAGAAACAGCGACCGGCUUGGAAAUGGAGUUCUGUAUGCAUCAGUCAACCCAGAGUACCUCAGUGCGACUGAAGUGUAUGUCCCUGAUGAAUGGGAGGUAGCACGGGAAAAGAUCACCAUGAUAAGAGAGUUAGGCCAAGGCUCCUUCGGCAUGGUGUAUGAGGGCAUCGCCAAGGGUGUUGUCAAGGACGAGCCUGAAACCUGCGUGGCCAUCAAAACUGUUAAUGAGUCCGCCAGCAUGCACGAGCGCAUCGAAUUCCUUAACGAAGCGUCUGUCAUGAAAGAGUUCAACUGUCACCAUGUGGUUCGUCUCCUUGGUGUGGUCUCACAGGGACAGCCCACUCUAGUCAUUAUGGAACUGAUGACUCAGGGUGAUCUGAAGAGUUAUCUACGCACACUACGAUCCAGCAAGAACACAUCCAGCCUGCCUUUGCCACCGCUGAAAAAAAUGAUUCAGAUGGCAGGAGAGAUCGCAGACGGCAUGGCAUACCUCAAUGCCAACAAGUUUGUCCACCGAGACUUGGCAGCCAGGAACUGCAUGGUGGCUGAAGACUUCACUGUCAAAAUUGGAGAUUUUGGCAUGACGCGGGACAUUUACGAGACAGAUUACUACAGAAAGGGUGGGAAGGGACUGCUGCCGGUGCGCUGGAUGUCUCCAGAAUCCCUCAAAGACGGCGUCUUCACCACCAUGUCUGACGUGUGGUCGUUUGGUGUGGUGUUAUGGGAGAUAGCCACCCUGGCAGAGCAGCCCUAUCAGGGUAUGUCCAAUGAGCAGGUUCUGCGCUUUGUCAUGGAAGGAGGUCUGCUAGACAAACCUGACAACUGCCCCGAUAUGAUGUUUGAACUGAUGCGCAUGUGCUGGCAGUAUAACCCCAAGAUGCGUCCCACCUUUCUGGAGAUCAUCAGCAGCAUCAAGGAUGAUCUGGAGCCCAAUUUCAAGGAGGUGAGCUUCUUCUACAGCGAAGAGAACAAGCCACCAGACACGGAAGAGCUGGACCUAGAGAAUCUGGGCACCAUGGAAAACGUUCCCUUGGAGCCCUGUGCCAAGGCCCCGGUGCACUCGCCCACUCCCUCCUCGCCCUCCUCGGGCACAGACAAACGCUGUACCAAUGGACCGGUGCUUCUGCUUCGAAGCCCAUUUAAUGAGGCACAGCCUUACGCGCACAUGAACGGGGGAAGGAAGAACGAGCGCACAUUGCCCUUGCCACAGUCGUCAGCAUGCUGAUGCCUGCCUGGCCACUUUUUGUCCUCUUUUCUUAGGUUAUGUUAAGCCUUUCUGGCAUUCCAGAGAACUCUCACUCCAGUCGGUCUAAUCACCACGUCCUCUCUGGAACAUAAGAAAAACCAGACAGAAAGGCGUCGAGGAUGUCAACCUCUCAUCAUACCUCAGUGACGCAGUUCGUUUUUCUCUUUGUGUUAUGACCUACGUUGACUGACGGACAGGUGGCAAACUUCACCGCCAUUACUAUAGAAGCAUGGCAAACACUGACAAAAAAACAACAAUACGGAACACACACACAGUAACUUCCAAGGAGCGCACACUCCCACCUUUUAUAGCGUUUUUGUUACUUUUAUACAUUUCCAAAUACGAAAUUUCACAUUUAGGGUCUUGUCUCAAAUCAGUCAUGGUGAGGUGGCAUUAAUGUAAAGCAAAAUUUAAUAUUCUUAAUCUUUAUUCCAAGAGAGAGGCACUUUUGUGUUUUAGGUGUCCAAAGACAUGGUAGCUCUUAAAGAGUGAGCCAGAGCUGCGGUUAUAGUGCGGCUCAAAGCCGGGUGGCGCCAUUAACAAGGAGCCUCAUCUGACAAGACGCGAGACUCCGCCCACUCUGUGUAUCUACUCAGUGGUAGAGCAGAAAGUUUCAAACCUGCCAUCAUCUUUUUUUUAUUAAUAUACUCCUUUUCUCACAGUCUUUCUUGCUGCAGUUUUGUGCUCUCCAAGACGCAUAAAAGCAAAUAUGACACUCCACAUUUUUUACACUGGUGUGUAUAUAUCUGUCUAUACAUAUACCUUUUUGUUUGUUUUUUUUUUUUGUUUGUUUGUUUUUUUCUCUCCAACUCUUCUUGUGCUUUAUUGAUUUAUGAUCAAUGCCAAGUUUUUUUUUUUUCACCAGAUUGCCUCCUGUUUAUUUUCUUGACCUGGUUUUGUGUCUUGUACAUUCGGUUCUACUGCUAAACUUCCAGCCACGUUUAGGAAGAAACAGCUAGGGGCUGUUGGGAUGUAGAAACCGUAGCACGAUCUUAAAAAGACGUAACAUGCAAUUACCCACAUUGCAAAAAAAAAAAUUAACAGGUACCCGGAAGAGAUUAAAGCAAGCAUGGUGUAAUUUAAAGGAGGUCGUUCGUCGUGAUAAAAGAGCAGGAAUUUUGAUCAUUUUGUCACUUUUCCCCCCUCCGCCAUCUCAGUAGGUCAGAUAUUGGACCACAGAGCAAACACAUCAUUCAUCUGUCACUUUUCUACCUUUUUUACGGUUCAAAUGAACUCCUGUAAUGUCUGUACUAAAAGAAGCUGCUAUUUUCUUCUCGAUUUCUUUUGUGGUUGUAAUAUAUAUAUACAUAUAUCUAUAUCUAUAUGUAAAACAGAUCCUUCGGGUUAAAUCCUUUACUGUGUCCACUACCAUCUUGUACGUUUGCAUAAAAAAAAGAAAGAAAACUCUACUAUUUAUAUUUUCUGCACCUAAUCUUUCUCUUUUUCUCCAUCCCCUUUUUAUCGAUCGAAUACAUUCGUCUGAGAACGUGCGUUCAUCUAUACAAAAAAAAAAGGUACAAAUUCACGUCGUUGUGGACUUCACGUCGAUGGUGGCCCAGUCUGUUAGCAGUUAAACACUGUGUCUUAUAAAUCAGACUCUCAGGUUCAAUUCCAAACCAUCGCGUUCAGGCACCUUAAACACAUUGAAGAGGUUUUUUUUUUUUUUUUAUAAACUAUUCUUAACAAAAUACAAUCCUGUUACACAAUUCAGAUGAAAGGAAUAGUUCCACUUUUGCUUGCUUUUUUUUUUUCUUCUUUUUUUUAAAGGGAUGCAUCGAUAACACUUUUCCCCCCUCCAGACCAAGUAGCAUGGGAGAUUUUAUUUAGAUUUCUUGCGAUGUGCUCCAGUUAAUAAUCUCAUGAUUCGUCAUGGUGUUUAAUGGGGGUGGUUGAUUUUGUCUUGAGAAAGGAACAAAGUUCACAGCGUAUGUUUUUGGGAGUGAAUAGCUGGAGCAUGUGUGCUGUGUCUCAGUGCUCGCAGAACUGAACUGCUCAUUCUAUUUUUUUUUUUUAACCAACAGCUGAUGAUGAUAAUUUUGCAGUCUGUUCCACUUUGCUUGUCAUCGGUAAUCUUUACCUGACAUUGUACACUCGGCUCACGUCACGUUAUGAAACGGUUCCGGAUGUUGAUAUCAGCUAUGACUAUAUGAAUAAAUGAGCACAGUAACAAACUAAUUAACGCAGCUUGCAGUUUCGAAGCAUCCCAAUUUUUUUUUUUUUUUUUAAUAUAAACUUUACCUCAACUGCAGUCGAUCAGUCGAGACACGUUUGAUGUCCAUUCUUAUUAACUCCAUGCAGUUUGAGAGAGGUGUGAUUUAGUCCUGCAGCUUAUUCAGUGCUACACAUGUCAUUAUAAGCAUCUUUCCUUUGUUAGUUACUUUAGUCUCAUAGCGAUCCAGUGCAUAAAUAAAUAAGUGAAGUCUUUUCAGGCACUAAACAUGCUCCUCGGAGUCAGAGUUUGCUGCUUGUGUAAUUGAGUUUUUGGCUGUAAUUAAUUUGUGACUGACACUGACACCAUGCCAAUGGAAACCUGUUCAACUGCCCAUUAGCAUCCAGAGCAUCCUAAGAAAUGUUGAUUAAGAUGAGACGACGAGGCGAAUCUAUGCAGAAAUUGUUUCAAGAUGAAAGUGGUCCCUUUCAUCCAUUUCAUAACUGAAAACUUUUUUUUGUGCCAGUUUUUCUUCUUUUUCUUCUGCUUCCAUUUGUAUCCUUAUUAUUUAUUUUGAUUUGUUUUUUGUGAUGUGUUUAAAAAAAAAAAAAACCUUUGUGUUUGCGAUAUUUUUUUUUCCAUUCCCCCCUCAUGUAUUUUUGGACUUAUUUGUUUCUCCUUCAAGCAUUUAUCUACCUCACCUUUUUUUUCUUUUAUAUAAAUGUAUAUGGACCUGUAUAUAAAGAAAAUUCAUCAGAUUUCUUUUCCCCCCUGCCAAAAAAAAGGACGCUGUUAGUGCUCUGUGUAUCUGAGUAAACCUCAAACACUACCAACCACGGCCCGGUGGUGGAGACACACUGGCGUCGUGGAUGUUCGGACAAACUGGCUGCUUUCUCACAUCCCUGUACGCUUUCCAAUUUACUCCUUAUUUAUUUUAGAGAAAAAGGCCUUAUAAAUUUGCUUCAAAUGUGCUGGAAUGUUGUUGACAUUUAAUUUAUGCCUCUUGUGUUGCUGAGACAGAAAAAAAACGGUACAGAGACGUCAGUAACAUGAUCCUUUUAUUCAUGCCGAUUUUUUUUUUCUCCCCUUGAAGUGUUCAGUUGAAUUGUUCACUAAGUUCUAUGUUUUUUCUCAAGCUUUAUUGUUAUUGUAAGUUCAUUAUUGAGUAUUGUGUUGGAAUUCAAACAUGAAUUGAAAAUUUAUUGCCGA